AUGGGCCGUCAACCUCAACCUCAGAAGAUCGAGAACGACAAGGAAGACCCUUCGGCUAAUCUUAACAUCCUCUUCCACUCUUUGAUCAUGGACAACUAUCCCAUGACCACCUACAAAAGCCUCAAAGGCUACAGCCCGGACGAUGUCAAGGCCGACUGCAAGGCUCGAAUUGAAUUCAGCAACAUGAUCACCGCCUUUGCCAAGUCGACUACUACAACUGAAUCUACCUCGUCUACGCCCGCUACAAAGCCCACUCCCAAGGUCAAGUCUACUACCAGUUCGCCUCUCUCCGCCAAGGACCACAAUCACAAGACCGACGAAGAGGAAGAGGAAGACGAUGAAGAGAACAUCAAAUAUCUCGGCAGUAGACUUGCAAAGAAGCGAAAGAUCGACGAGGACCAUGGUUCCGAAUCUGACGUCGCCGCCCUGGCCGAGAAGACCCUUAAGGCCCAGCAAGGCAUCUCCUCAUCUGCUCCCGAGAGAACCAACUAG